AUGUCAAGCAGCGGUAGUAGUAAUAAUUCAAUCGAACAACUGAGAGCAUCAGGAAAUAAAAUUAAGAAAUCGGUUGAUACUUUGGCUCAAGAAGAUUGGACUAAAAAGAAUGGUUCUGGAAAGGUGAAUGCAUUGACAUUACCAAGUCUUAUGCCAUCAAGAUUAUCAAAUGUAAACGAAUACUAUGUUGUUGGUCACGACACUCCAAAAAGUGCAAUGAGUCCACAUGUUGAUGGAGCCGAAGUCAGACCAAACGAAAACGAUCCAUUGAUUAUCCCAAGAUUAAAAGAGAUUGAAUCUCAACGUAUCCGUUUACGUGACAAUCCAUCAUUAUCUGAUUAG